AUGAAGGAAAACAAGGUCAUGGAGGAUGAUGUCGACAAGGAGGAAUACAAAGAGGUUAAGCGUUCUCGCGGAGGAAAGGCUGACGACGACGAGGAAGAUUUGCCCCCAAAAAAGGGAGGCAAGAGAAAGAUGAUGAAAGAUAAAGACACCAAGAGAGGAAAGAAAGAAAGGAAUGGUGAUGAUGAAGAUGAUGAGGGUGAAAAAGACGCGAAAAAGAACAAGGAGGACGAGGAGGAGGAACAGGAAAUUCCCCGGUAUAAGGAGUAUGAGGAUGAGGAGGACGAAGAGCAUGAGGAACAGUACGUUUACCUCAUUCUACUUUCAUAUUCUAGUACUAAGUUAUUGUGGGUAGUAUAA